AUGGUAUCACAGAAUGGGUCCCAGUCUCGGAAGGGUAAAGCACCCUCCAUACCAGCCGAGUGGAAGGUGGAGCUGCCUGAGGAAGGGAAUCGCGGCGACUCUAUCUUCGGUGGCUGCCGCAGUAUAGAGGCUGGCUACCAAAGGGAGUUUGUACUGGGGCAAGGAACCUAUGGAGAGGUGUAUCGGGCCGUCGACCGGGCUACUGGAGACAUUGUUGCUGCCAAGAAGAUAAAAAUGGACAAUGAAAAAGAGGGGUUUCCGAUCACUGCCAUACGAGAAAUCAAGAUCCUGUCUGCGCUUGCCCAGUCAAAGGCAGAGAUCAACGGCAAGAUCCUCCGAAACCAUGUCAUCACUUUGCGGGAAAUCGUCCGAUCAGGAAGCCACAAGUGCAACAACUUCAGGGGUUCCAUCUACAUGAUCUUUGACUACAUGGACCAUGACAUGACGGGUCUGCUGGCCCGGUCGCAGCGGGAGGGUCCUCCAUUCUCUGUGCCUCAGAUCAAGUGCUACAUGCAGCAGCUGCUUCUGGGUCUUGCACUCCUGGAAACAAACAAGGUGCUACAUCGGGACUUGAAGAACAGCAACCUCCUCAUCAACGAUGGAGGGAUACUGAGGAUCGGGGACUUUGGGCUGGCCAGGUACCGCCCCCAAGGCGAGGAGGACGGGCAGGGAAAUGGCGCGAGGAUGACUAAUCGUGUCAUCACAUUGUGGUACCGGCCGCCUGAAUUGCUCCUGGGCGCGCAGUCCUAUGGCCCAGAGAUCGAUAUGUGGUCAGCAGGCUGUAUCAUGUUUGAGAUGCUCACGAGCAAGCCCCUGUUCUCUGCCAAUGAUGAGCUUGGGAUGUGUGACAAGAUCUUCAGCAUUGUUGGGAAGGCCAAUGAGAAAACAAUGCCGGGCUGCACCGCCUUCUCCAACUACCAGCACAUCGACUUCAACAACGCCAAGUACCCCAAUAACAGCCGGCUGCGCCACCAUCUUCAGAACAGCAGCAUUAUGGAUGCUCAAGCCAAGGAUCUCAUGGAGCAAAUGCUCUUGCUGGAUCCUAAGAAACGCAUCUCUGCCAAGGAGGCUGCCUCGCACCCCUGGUUCUACACGCAUCCGCUGCCGAUGGAGCCGCACAAGAUCCCCAAAUACCAGUCCAGCCACGAGAUGAGCAUGAAACGCUCCAGGCAGGAGGGAGGGGGCGCAGGGAGGGGUCGGCACCCCCCCCACCCCGGGCCCCCGUCCGGCAAGCAGGCCAGGCUCUCCGGCCCCGGCCAGGCCCUGCACCCCGGGCAGCGUGCCGGACCCCAGGGCCGGGGACCCGGCGGGGCUGGCCCCGCCUCAGCGGGCACGUGGCAGGCCUACCCCCUCCAGCAGCAGGUGCCGCUGGGCGGGCAGCACCCGGGGCAACCGCCCCUCAGGCCGCUGGUGCAUGCCGCCUCGGGCGCGCCGAUUCCGUACCCCGCCGCGGCCUUCGUCCAGCAAGGCGCGCUGCCGGGUCAGCAGCCCGGGCGCGGCCAGCACCCGGCGCGAGCUCCGCUGAGUGUGGGCGGCGUGCCUCCUCCCCCGCCAGCAGCUCCCAUGCGCGGCCCGCCACCGGGAGCUGCGCCCCCGCCGCCUGCCGCCUGGCAGUCGCAGCGCCGAUGA